AUGGACCGUCUUCCCUCGAAACUGCCGUUCUCCAAGCGGCGUCUACGACCGCGAGUUAUUAUCUCUGCCUGCAUUGCCGGUUUCUAUAUACUCGAUUCCAUCGAACCCUACCAUCAACAUUUCUCGCUGCAAAACAUCUCGCUACAGUACCCCUUUGCCGAACAUGAACGAAUUUCGAUCCCGAUGGCCCUUCUCAUCUCGGGAGUCACGCCCUUGGUCAUAAUCGCUGUCUACACGCUCCUCAUAGACGGGCUGUUUUCGCAUCACAAACCACAGGAUCCCGCAAGCGGCAAACGCAAACUCUCGGGUCCAUACCGGAUGAAGGAUCGGUUGUGGGAGUUCAACUGCGGCUUUCUGGGCUUGCUGCUUUCGCAGGGCCUAGCGUUUUUGAUCACCCAGGCCUUGAAGAAUGCGUGUGGGAAACCCCGACCAGAUAUCAUUGAUCGGUGCCAACCUCGAGCUGGCAGCGCUGAUGGAGUCACUUACGGCUUGUCGAAUUCGUCGAUCUGUACCGGCGACCCGGCAAUUAUCAAGGAUGGCUUUCGGUCGUGGCCGUCAGGCCAUAGCAGUUCCUCGUUUGCCGGUCUAUUCUACUUGUCGCUUUGGGUGGCCGGAAAACUGCAUUUCAUGGAUAACCGGGGAGAAGUCUGGAAAGCCCUCAUUGUCAUUAUCCCCUGUAUCGCCGCCACAUUGAUCGCCGUAUCUCGGAUUAUGGACGCGCGACACCAUCCGUUCGAUGUGAUUACCGGGUCGCUCCUGGGAGUUGUCUGUGCCUACAUCUCCUACCAUCAAUACUUCCCGCCCCUCAACCAGCCCUGGAAGAAGGGACGAGCGUUCCCAAUUCGCUCCUGGGGAGCUGAACCGGCGAUUCCGGACGGCGGGCGAUAUGUCGGCGUCACCGAGAGUACUGCGGCGCUGCGAAACCCCGAGGAGGAGAGACUUGAGCCGCCACCGCCACCGCCCCUGCCCGAAACUCGAGGCCCCCCGGCGGAAAACCGACUCUCGCGAAACCAGACGUACACCUCUGCGACCGGUAAUCCUUACGCCACGGAACCCUACGGGCGUCGACCGCAUGACGACGACGGGAACUGGUCCUCGUCUAGCGAGGACGUUGCGGAUGGUUACGAAAUGCAACAUGGCUACGCCCAGGCCCAGAAUCCGGGAUUGAGCGGGCCGCGAUAUUACGAAGAAACGGCCUACCACGGCCAGACAAAUCCCGAAGUUGGAUUUCGUACGCUGCCAGCCGUGAUGACUUCGCGCACUGGCCCGGGGCGCGAAUUGACCGACGUACCUCCGGUGUAG